ACACAAACAAAGUUGGGAAAACAUGUCGACGAAACAAACCCUUCAAAAACAAACCCAGCAAGAUUGGGCCAACAGAGAAUACAUUGAAGUCAUCACCAGCAGCAUUAAAAAGAUUACCGAUUUUCUCAAUUCUUUUGAUAUGUCUUGCCGAGGACGACUAGCAGUGCUCAACGAAAAAAUCACCAGACUAGAAAGAAAAAUUGAAUACUUGGAAGCCAGAGUAACGAAAGGCGACACCCUGACAUGAAGCUUCCCAAAACACAGUACAAAUUUGCCUUCCCUUUUACUCUAAGCCCUUUUUUUUACACAUAUUUGGUCGCAUUAGUUGAAUAGACAGUGCAUCACUUGA